AUGACAAGCAAAGAAGUGCGGUCGGUCAUCGACCUAAACAAGUUUCUCAACCAACGUGUUCGGGUCAAGUUCAGUGGCGGGCGAGAGAUUACUGGCGUCCUGAAGGGCCACGACGCGGUCUCAAAUCUCGUCCUCGACGAAACGGAAGAAUUUCUUAGAGAUCCGGAGGACCCGUACAGACUCCUCGACCAGACCCGGUCUCUAGGCUUGAUCGUUGCCCGAGGUACUGCAGUGGUUUUAAUUUCUCCAGUGGCUGGUACGGAGGAGAUAGCCAACCCGUUUGUAGACGCAACCUCGUAA